GACUAAGCAAUAAUAGUUACUUCUUUAAAAAACUUCUUAUUCAUCAUGAUUAAGUGAAAACAUAUAUUCAUGUUCUACCUUCAGUUUCUCAAAUUAAGAGGAAUCAAGUAUGCAAUAAUUUAUAAUUUGUCAUAGGGUUUAUAUUAAAAUAUUCACUCUAGAUCAUAUUAAUUGAACGAUCUCUAUUGAGGUCAUAAGUCGAAUACUAAGUAAUUUCUUUUCAGAUUUGGAGUUAUUGUCGAACAUUAUUACAUCAAAGUUUUCAAAAUGAUUUAAGUAUGAUUUUUGACGAGUUUUGACUUCAUACCUAAGAUGAGACACAACAUCACUUAAAAAACAACAGGUGUGAAGGUUAAGAAAAUCUUCGUUGAGGAUAUACGAUAAACAUCACAUUUCAUCAGCCACUAACCUUAACAUUGAUCAAAUAAGGGUUGAAAAAAUUUAUUUAAUAUUUGAUGUCUUGGUAGACAAAUCUAAAUUCGAGGAUUGAGGCAAUAAAUAAACAUAAGUGUGUUAGUUGAGAUAUCUAAAUAAAAAACUUUUGUAGCUACAAGAAUCUAAAUUGAGGUAUUGUGUUAAAAUAAAUAAUCUUUAAUAAGGAUGAGUUUAGUAAGGCAAGUGUAAUAAAACAUUGGGGUCGUUUGCUUCGUGGAUUUGAAAACUGAAAGUUUUAAUAAAACUUGGAUUUUGUAAAAGCAUAGAUAUAUGAGGGUUUUUGGUUCAUUAUGGAUUUGAAAAUACCAUAUUUUGUUUCAUAGAUUUCAUGAUGCAUUUGGUUAAUUGAAUUUGUAUGUUGGAAGUGAAAAUGACAUAUAUUACUCUCAUUGGUAUGAGAAGGGAAAUGAAAUAUGAGGGGUAGGUUGGUCAAAAAUAAUAGACUUCAAAGUCCAUGAUCAAAAACUUAAAAAUACAUGAGACCCAUAUAUUUGUUGCCUCUAAAAUCUAGAUACAUGACGCAAGCAAUGGUUGAACAAAGUUCACGGUAGCUCCAAAUUCAUCAAGCAAACAAUCCCAGCUAUAUGGUUGUGAGUCUGUGACUCCAUACCAAAUUUUGGCAAUGACAAAAACUUUUUCAAUAUCGAAGUCUCAAAAUGGAAAUCUUUUGGUUGGUAACAGUAAGCAAUUUGUAUUUAGAUCGAAUUAUCCUAGCCACAAAAUUUCGUUUCCAUAUUUCAGCCGAUGAGCCGAGUUCAAAGGUAUUAAUCAGGGUUAAAAAUUAAAAUAAAAUCGUUAUACAUAUUCUUAGAUAUUAAUAGAUAUGUCUACAAUACAUUCAAAAAUUCAAAUGUAUGUAAAAUGUCACCAUGUUUCUACGAGUUAUUACAUUUUUAUAAAAAAAAAUUCCAAGAAAUCAUAAAUAAUCAUUACUUAAUAUUGUAGGAGUCUAAAACUAAUUUAGUGCCACAUCUGUACAUGGUUAGCUCUCGCCCUUCGACGUUGGACAAGGUCUAAUUGAUGUGCUUUUUUCUUACUCUUUAAAUUGUCAUCAUUAUCAAUAAAAAGUAAAUUAAGUUAAUAAAAAUGAAUGCAACAUUCUGGUUUGUUCCUAUUCCUUUUCCCAUACAACAUUGAAAAUAAAACACAACAUUGAUAAUAAAGAAACUAGAUCAAGCCCCACAAAAAAAAAAUAAAGCUCUCUUCUUAUUUGCUUAAAUUUUGAGUUUCUAGAAUUUGUCUUCUCUGCAUUUUUUUAUAUAGAUAUAGGAAAGGAAAUGGUAAGGCAUAUUGAGUUUUUUUCCUCUUUGUAGGAGAAUAGGAGGCGGGAGUUACAUGAUGUAAUGAUUUGUUGGGAAAGAAUUGAACAACUCUAACAUAUUUUUGCCUAUUGACGAAGAAAAGUCCAACCUAUCAUUUCUCCCUCUUCCUUUUUUAUCCGCAGCGGGCAAUUGAUUUUUCUUCCUCGGAGAUAUCUGACUGCUAGCGGUUGACUGGUCGAGUUAUAGUCAUCUUCCCAUUCUUUUCUUAAUUUCUUCCAGAUUACGGCGGCUGGAUAGUAAAUUUCCCUUUUCGAUUCAAUGGUUGUAUUUCUUCUUCGUUAUUCUGGUAGUUGUUUUAUGGUUCUCUGUUAUCCUGUAUACUUUGAUGUAAACAUGUAACAUAUAAUUCAAAAGGUUUGUUGCUUGGACUUGGAGCAUCUCUCCUUUGGUUGAAUAAUUGAUCGUUUUCCUUGGAGGCAUAUUGCAACUCGAUUCCUUGGAUAUUAAAAUGGAAAGUAGAGUUGUGAGAGUUGUUCAUUAUGUUUAUUAUGUUCAUGAGUGACAUGCUACUAGCUAGCUAUAUGACGAUGAUCUGAUCAAGUAAAUAGUAUGUAGCAGGGGGUUAAAGGAAGAAGCGGAAGAUUGAUGAUGUGGAUGCCAAUGUGGUUUCUCAUUCUUCCAAAAUUACACGAGUAACUGAUAUUGCACGAUAAUUGUGGGAUCUAGAUCGCGAUAUUCUCUAUUAUCAUAUACCAACGUACGAGAAGGGUGAGAUAAUGAAAGCUCUUCACUUGUUUUUAUUAAUUGAAAUAUUUUUGCAAAUUUUAACUUUUUCUUUUGUGUCCUUCGAAAUGUUAACUUCUUUGUCACUUUGUGUGCUACAAAAUUAAUAAUCUCUUAGUUUAUAUCUUAAAUGGUGGAUUCGAUACAUAAUUAUAAAUCAAUAAAGAAAGUACUAGAGAGAGCUCAUCUAAUAAAAUUAAAUUUUCAUAAAUAAAUGAAAUAUGUAAAAAUGUGAAACAAAAUAUGAAAUUUGGUAAGUGAGAUUAACAAUUCAAUGUAUAAUAGUUUAACAUAAUGAAUCAUAAAUAAAAUUAUAAUACUAGGACGAAAAUUAUAAUAACCAAUCAAAAUUUGCCGCCCAACGGGCGGGCAUAAAGCUAGUUUCUUUAAGGAAUAAUUCAAUUAUUAGAGCACAUAACGAUGGUGUGUUCUCUGUUAAAUCAACGUAUCACCUGGCGGUGUUGGUUGAUAGACAGGAGGGUACUUGGCGUCCAGUGGUCGGUUGGAUGGAUAGGACGAGCUGGAUGCGGAUGUGGGCCCUCCAGAUUCCUCCAAAGCUUAAGCUGUUCGUAUGGCAAAUCCUUCAUCGUAUCUUGCCUACGACCGAGGCACUCAUUGAAAAAUGGGUCCUGGUACUGCCCAGGUGUCCGAUGUGCUGUGCGGAAUCUGAAACAAUGGAACACCUUUUCUGGGAGUGCCCGGUCGCUGCAGCUCUUUGGGCAUCUUCGGGCUUGGAGCACUUGGGUCAUGAUUUGUCGAGAUAGACUUUUCCUUUUUUCCUCAAGCAAUGCUUGCUUAGGAUGGACCAGCCGACUCAGAUCAUGGUUCUGGUUGCCCUCUUAUGGCGUAUUUGGAAAUCUCGUAACUGGGCAGCCUUUGAGGGUAAACAGUUCACGGUUAUUCUUUUAAUGCGUCAGUAUCAGCAACAACUUCAUGAAUGUCUUGUCAAAAAAAAUACUUCAUGAAUGUGUCUCUUUGCCAGUGGAUACGCCGGUUCGGGGGUGGGUACCACCGAGUCUUAAUGGAAGGGAGGGGGUCUUGCCUCCUAUCCUCUAUAUGUGGGAUGUACGGUAAGUGCUGGCUCACAUUCAGCGGGAGGUUUGGUGGUGAAGGAUGGUGGUGGAAAUGUGCUCUUGGUUAAAGGAGUGUCUUACUGUCUUUUCCAUGCAUCCUGAACCCUCUAGUGGUGGAGGCUCUUGUGUUACGUGAAGCAAUCCAGUGGUGUAAUGCUCUUGGCUUCCCCCAAGUGAUGUUUGAGGGUGAUGCUAAGGUGCUCAUUGAUAAGAUUAAUGCCAACGAUGCUCGGGAUGGACGUGUUGGGACCAUUAUCCAGGAGAUUUCGAGUAUUUUGACUCUGCUUAGUGGUUUCCAGGUUAGGUUCGUAGGUCGAAAUAGCAAUAGGGUAGCCCAUUCUGUGGCUCAAAAGGCCCUGUAUUUGUCUCCGGCCUCGUGUCUGGGUUGGUUCCAGGAUGUAUCUUGUGAUCUCUUCUAAAUCAAUAUGAUUAUUUUUUGUCAAAACAAAAUGAUAAUUUAAAA